CAUCAAAAAUGGACAUGUGUUCAGAGAGUAAUUCAUCUUACAGUGAUGAAACUGGGCUUGAAUUGGGCUUGGGCCUAGGCCCAAGUAGUGUUACAAAGGUUAACAAAUCAUCAACAACAUGGUGUGAGUAUGGUAGAAUCUUGACUGCUAAAGAUUUUCCUAAUGGAUUUAUUACAGGCAGAUAUAAUAAUAUUUGUACUAAUGAGAAUAUUGGAUCUGCUUCUACAAGUGCCAGUCAGGUUGUGGGAUGGCCACCAAUAAGGACUUACAGGAUGAACAGUUUUAAUCAAUCAAAGAUUACAAAUGUUGAUCAAGAAGAAAAUGUGAACAAAAAAAUUGAGAGUUCAAACAAGAAAAUUAAUCAUGGAAAUACCAAGAAUAAUGAUGUAGAUUUUAUAAAGGUGAAUAUGGAUGGAUUGACAAUUGGAAGAAAAGUGGAUUUGAGUUCUCACACUUGCUAUGAAACCUUAGCCAAAAUCUUGGAGGAAAUGUUCUUCAAAUCAGCCCAAACUACCAAUUUUACAAAUUGUGGAGAAAAGGAACAAGUAACAAAGUCAUGUAAGCUCUUGGAUGGAUCAUCAGAGUUUGUUCUCACAUAUGAGGAUAAAGAUGGAGAUUGGAUGCUUGUUGGAGAUGUUCCAUGGAGGAUGUUUUUGAGCACUGUGAAAAGGCUAAGAAUCAUGAGGACUACUGAGGCCAAAGGACUUGGUAUGUAGAACAUGAAGUUCACUUAAUUAGCAAAUGAAAUGAAACCACAGCGUGGAAAGACCAUAUAGGAAAAUAGCACAAGUAGAGAAGCAAAGAGUACACAUUUUGAGAGUACUUUUUUUUUAUAGUACCAAUUUUUGUUUUGAAAUUAUUUUUUCUGUCUAAUGUAAGCUUCAUUCAAGCUAGUUCUUAAAACCACUUAUAUAGCUGAUACAAAAUGUUUGUUCGACCUUUAUAUUAU